AUGCAGCCCAACUCUCGACAGCAGAUCGAGGCUCAGUAUGGCAUCAACUUUCACGUUCCUGAUCGAUAUCAGGAUUUGAAUGUCAUUGGAAAAGGGUCCUAUGGCAUUGUUUGUAGCGCCCUGGAUACACAAACCAAUACCAAGGUUGCCAUCAAGAAAGUCAUUCGAUGUUUUGAUCAUCACAUCUUUGCUGUUCGUUUGUUGCGUGAAGUGAAAAUUCUUGGCUUUCUCAAACAUCCGAAUGUCAUUGAUUUGAAACAUGUUCAAUUGCCCUUUCCCGACAAGGAUACCUACACUGAACUCUACAUGUAUACAGAUUUGAUGGAUACCGAUUUGAAAACUAUUAUUCAAUCUCCACAAGAAUUAACCAACGACCAUAUACAAUUCUUCAUGUAUCAAAUACUGAAAGCUGUAAAUUACAUCCACAGUGGAAAUGUCAUUCAUAGAGAUUUAAAACCAAGCAAUAUAUUGAUCAACAGCGAUUGUAAUAUAAAAAUAUGCGAUCUUGGACUAGCUCGUGGAUACAACGACGGAACCAAUCCUCUCAAUGGUAAUAAUGGAUCCUCACAAUCCUCCGAUUCAAUGUUAAAAGGAGUUUUCAAAGGACAACAAAAAGCAAAACCAAAACUCACAGAAUACGUUGUAACUAGAUGGUAUAGAGCUCCAGAGCUACUUCUUCAAUCUUUAACAUAUGGAAAGGAAGUGGACCUGUGGAGUGUGGGAUGUAUAUUUGCUGAACUCUUAGGACGAGAACCUCUAUUUAGAGGAACAUCAUCAUACGAUCAAAUUGUUAAAAUAUUCGAUGUGAUUGGAACACCCAAAGAAAAGAAAGAUUUUGAUGGAAUUGAGCUAUCGGAUGCUAGUUAUAAUAUUCUUCAGCAAAUUAAGGUGAAAUCAAAAUUAGAUUUUGCACAAUUAUAUCCAAAUGCCACAUCUGAGGCCAUUGAUUUGCUAGAAAAAUUACUCUGCUUUUCACCAAAACAAAGAAUCUCUGCCUAUGAAGCAUUAGAACAUCCAUACUUUGAAGAUAUUCACACAUUUAAUGAAUGUGAUUUUGCAACAUCAACAUUUGACUACAGUUUUGAAAAUGAAGCCACAAGUAUUCCUGUGAUUCGACACAUGCUCUAUGAUGAAAUUGUGAAAAAUUAUGAUCACUCCAGUGACCGUGAAGAAUUAAUGACCUUCUAUGAACUUCAAACAGCAAUGAAACCUCCAGUUUCAACAGCAGUUCAACAACAACAGGCCAACGCUGCCUACUAUCAACAGCAACAGCAACAACAUCAACACCACCACAAUCAAUCACAUCAUCCUAAUCAACUCGAAGAUGAUUUUGAGAGUGACGAUGACGAUGGAGACGAAGAAGAAAUCGAUGACAUGGACUAUCUUGGAGGUGGUAAGAAAGGAACCACCAAUCAACUACACCCUAGUAGCAAUAAUUAUGGUGAGGAUAGCGUUCUCACAUCCGAUAACGAUUACAUGGAAGAAUCUGAUAACGAUUUUCCUUAA